GAGAACGACUCUUGGAUUGAUUGACAUGGCGACAUGCAGGCCCCAUUGCUGCACACGUGGAGGGGAGCAACCGAGUCAUCCUGUUGUCGAGAUGAGGCCAGCUGGCGGCCAAUCAGAUGUUCAGAUCAAUCCCCGCACUUUUUGAAAAUCUGUGCUGAAGCUCCCCCCGCUCGUUUUGAGCCCCCGCCCAUACAAGGAAAGGUUUGGCGGCCAAAGACUGACCAGCCUUCCGUAAAUCGGCUUUUUCACCUCCAGAACUCGCACAUCGCAACGCGCGAGACCGGACCACCUAGACCACCCGUCUGCCCGUAUACGUAGUCUUGUUACUUGCCGCGGCCAUCAGCCUAUCUGGAUACGUCCCGUUCCGUCACGGCCGAUUGGGAGCCCAGGAGCCCACACACGUCUGAUCGCCUGAUUACACCGACAUUGGGCCCCCCCCCCCACCACCACCCGAGACCACCCGGAACACCACUGCCUGCCUUGCUACUUGCUAUCGAGGCCUUGGGUCGCCUUAAGUGAAGUUGGAUUGGGCCGACAUCGACCAGACCUGAUCUGCCGGCAGCAUGGAAAGCCCCGAGUUUGCGGCUGGCAUGCGGAGCCAUGGCGCGAACGGCGCUGGUCCUCACAAGCGGAAACGGAGCAUCAUCGACAGCAGCCCGGCUAGUCUGCUGGACAACGACCACGACGACCAAGACGACGACCACCAUGUCACCGAGCGUGGUGAUGCCUCCCCCGAGGCCAAGGGCCGCCGCCUACCCGGUGUCAAGCGUGCCUGUAAUGAGUGCCGCCAGCAAAAGCUGCGCUGCGAUGUCGUCCAGGAUCCCUUUCAAGGCUGCUCCAGGUGCAACCGCCUCAAACUCGAGUGCAAGAUCGAGUCCAACUUCAAACGCAUUGGCAAAAGGUCGAAGCAUGCCGAGAUGGAGAAGGAGAUCGACAAGCUACGUCGUGCCGUGCAGGCGGCCAAGGCCCAGGGCUUUACGGUUGAGGAAGAUGAUGAGGCUAUCCACUCGCAGCUGCAGUCCCCCGUCGUCGCCAGCCAGUAUACGCAUACCCGCAAUCCGUCUCUGAUGGGUUCUGACGAAGCUGUGUCAUCCUUGCUCCAUCUUAAAAGGGGCGGCUCCUAUACGAUACCUCGCAUUGCCCGCGAGCUUGACGACUUUCGAAUCACAGAAGAACAUGAAAGUCUGCUGUUCAGCCAGUUCUUCAACUGCUAUCAUCCAUUCUUACCAUUUCUGAAUCCAAACCAGACACCAGACCAAUACUAUCAACAGCACCCGUUACUGUAUUGGUCCAUCGUUGCGGUUGCGAGCAGGAGGUUUCUGCCCGAUCCCACCAUCCUCACUAAACUCUCGGGUCCCCUGACAAGAUAUCUCUGGACAACCAUCGGAGAGGUUCCACAGAGCUACUACGUUGUCAAGGCGUUAUGUCUGCUCUGCACAUGGCCGUUGCCUACCAGCACUACAUCAUCCGACCCCACGCACAUCCUUUGCGGGGUGCUGAUGAAGAUUGCCACCGGCAUCGGACUGCACCGGCCCAACCACAUCAACGACUUUUCUCGAGUCGCCGUCGAACUCAACAAUGAUGGCCUGCACGACCGUAUCAAGACUUGGGCAGUGUGCAAUAUUGUUGCACAGACGAUUGGUACAGGGUAUGGUCAGCCGGCUUCGACGCUGUACGACUGGACGUUGGCUGUUCGCGGCGGCGAAUCAGGACUUUUCUCUUUGGGGCCCGAGCUGGAGGCAAGGCUGCAAAUAGAACGCUUCUGCGACAAGGUAUCCAAAGAGAUGUAUAGCAAUGCCAGCGACCCCAGAGGUGUCGCGGGCGACGAACACCGCGCCAUGUUGAUGCGUGUGUAUCGUCGCGAGUUCAACGAGCUCCAGGCUUCCAUUCUGUCACAGAACCUCUCCCCCAUCAUUAAUCUUCACUUGCGGGCAGCAGGUCUUCAUCUCCGCCUGGCUGGCUUCUUUGACUCCAGUAAAACACCCGCGUACCUGGACGACCUGAUGGCUCUUUGGCGGGCCACCACCAGCUAUCUUGACUACAUUCUGGAGGGCGAUUCGCAAUCGCAGUCGCAAUGUCCCCAAGAGUAUCAGUACCAAGUCCGCGACUCCUAUUUCCUUCAAUAUGCUACCAACUACAUUCAGCAAAUGCUGGUCGCAGCCGGGUUCGCUUUGCUCAAACUUAUGCGAUCCUUCUUCGCUAAACAGAUCGACUUUGAGCGGGGCAGAAACCUGUUCCACGGCGCCAUUCGAGCCAUCAGAACCACCAGCGUGAUUCAAAACGACUUGAACUGGCGGUUAGCCGAACUGAUGGUGCAAAUUUGGAACGGCGCUCGUAUCGACGCCAUCAGCCCCUCAUUCCAGGCCAACGAUAACCCAGAGAUCGACGACAGCUUGCAGCUAAAAGUCCGGUGCCGCCAUAGUAUGAGCUUGGUAUUUGACUCCAUUUGGCAUUGGCGAGAAGAGUACCAAGCAAGAGGUCGGGGUACGCUCGAUGCUCUCAAGCAGCCUACGCAUCCUGAUUCAGCUAAUGAAUCAUCAGCCUCUUCGACUCAUCUCGACACCACUUUAGCUCCUCCACCGCACAGCAUCCCCGCAAACUUGGGAAUCGCAACGUCGAACGGCGCCCUCACGCCCAGCGCAGGCGGUUCCGCCCUCGGUGGUGGCGGUGCCAUGCUGGACGGUUUGCCCUAUGGCAACGCUACCACCACCUAUGAUGUCUGGGAUCCACAGCACUGGAUGCUGGACGGCUUGAUCGACUUCAACUACACUUUUGUCCCUCCCAUCGAUGCUAAUUAGUGUGCCGCUCAUGGGAAGACCGACACAUCGUCAGUUGUUGUAAGAAAUACCUAGCUUGCGAAAGCAAGCGCACAGCAUGGUUGGUUUUGCCGUCACUUUUGGCAUCUUUUUUGGGCAGAUUGUUUCUUUGAACGAAGUAUAUGUUUUUUUUGUUUUCUUUUCAAAACCUCUGCGUUCUGUGGUUAUUAUUUUUUAUGAAAUACCCCACCACUAUAUUUUGGCGCACAUAGUAAUGAAAUGGGUAAUUUUCUGGUUGGGAUCUGGUCAGGUGGUCAGGCAGGUAAUGUUAUAACAUUGGGUUUUGGUUAUGGUCGGAAAAGAAAAGCACGGGUUCAAGUUUGAAAGAUGGAAAGGAGUAACCUGUAGAGGGUUGUUCGAAGCGAGAAGGAUUUGCGUGAAUUCAUCAUAUCAGAGCCAGUUGCACAAGCGGAGCACGAGAAGAAUGAUACAGCACCUACUCAUAGCAAGACCGCCGGUGUGUUUGUUGCGAGCAAGGCUUAUGUGACUGUAUUCAAGAGCCCAUUCUAGGAACACCUUUCCAGGUUUCCAGGUCUCGUUCAAGCACAUGCCAGACAGCCUCAUGUGUCAUAGCAGGGCCGCUCCCGCCUGAGACUCAGCUCUCGGCUCGGUCAUGUCUCAGUUCUCCAUGACUGGAUAGCAGUGAUACCUCCAGCCUCUUUCUUCCCCAGGUCUUGCCUCAGGGGGAAGUCAAAGGAUUGGCGGAGGUGGCUUGGAGGCAUACUUCUAAAACUGCCGUUCCCCUACCAAUCUCAUUUUAGAUCGCCCGCUCUUCUAUUAUUUCCUCCUUAUUACGAAACGUUCACUGCCCAUUCACUCCCUUCUUUCCAUUUGUAUCAGUUUGCUUUGAUGAGGAAAGAUUGCAUGAUUGGAUCACAACAAGUCAAUUUCACUAUUUUGAUCCUCUUUUGCUUCUUGUUUCCCUUUUCAGACUUGAGAGUGGUUUGUUGCUAUCUCUGAGGGGCUGAACCGCGCUCGUAAUUGCUUGCUACCCGAUAACGUAGAUUGAUCCAUCUCGGCAGGCGGUGAUAAAUUUGCAACCCUGAAAAUCUGCCUCAUGAUACAGGCCACCACCACCACCACCUACCUCACUGGGCCAGGCUGCGCAAUUCAAGCUUCGGUACACUUUAACCAGACAGAAAUGGACGGACAAGACCGCCAACAACCACUGCCCGCCUGCCUGCCCAUGUUGUUCAUCCCAUGUCUCCGCUCAAGUGUCUCAACAGCGCCGCUUCUCGCGUGGCGACCUCGCCGCCGCCCCAAAUCCAAGAUAGGGAGGAUUCUGGAAGGGUGAACUAACAAGGUUGGUAGCCCACCGCGGUGAAGGCCGGUGAGCUACUUGAGCUAACAAGAGUCGAGAGGGCGCAUGGCAG